GCCGACGCUGCUGAAGAUGUUCGAGACCACGCUGACCUUGCCGCGCACCAGCGUGCUAACCGAACCGCUGGGCAGCGUGCCAACCACAUCGACGGCCGCUGUGCAAACCACCAAACGGCGGCGACGGCGUCGCAACAAGCGUCGUCGCAAAUCGUCCAUGUCGAGCAGCGAGGCGACCUCAACCCGAACCUACGAUCCCGUCAUGACAGCGACCAGCAUACGUGGUGGCAAUACAGCUGGUGGGGGUGGAGGUGUUGGUGGUGGUGGUGUUGGCGGUACAGCACGUCGUGGUCGCCAUCGAGGCGUCAGCAGUUCCGCAUCAGCAGCAGCUGUAGCAGCAGCAGCAGCGGCAGCAGCAUCGGCAUCAGCAUCGGCAUCGGCAGCGGGUUCGGCAGCAUCAUCAUCGGCCAUGAGCGGUGGCAGCAGCCCGGCGCUAUUUGUGGAUCCGCACGACUUCUUCGAGACGCUCGACUAGAUUAGGAUAAAGAUUAACGAAAUCGAUCUGUGUAAUCUGUAUCUCUAUCUGUAUCUGUAGUAGGUUAAUUCUGUUGUUACUUCACCACUUUUUUUACACGCAUCAACUGUGCGCCUAUUUAAGUACUUUUAACUGAUGCCGCGAUAAUUCAUGCAAUAAUUGUGUUUCUGAUUUAGCGAGAUUUUUAAAUGCGAAACAAA